AUGUAUAUAAAUAUUGUUUAUCGGCAUUUAUUCCUGUUGUUAUGUUUAUCAUGCGUGCUAUGUCAACGUUCACCAUUACAAGUCGAAAAAGAUACAGCCGUCUAUCAGUUACUUAGUCGUUACCAUUCACAUGCACAAUUAAAGGAGCUUUUAACUCAGUGGUCUGGUAAUUACAGUAAAAUAGCGCAACUGUUUAGUAUCGGUGAAAGUAAUACAGGCAAAGAACUAUUUGUUAUGCGUCUUACUUCACCGCUGAAUAGCAAAGAUGACGAAGAACACGAUGAAGUUCAACUGUUAAGGCCCAAAUUUAAAUGGAUUGCAAAUAUGCAUGGUGAUGAAACAGUUGGGCGUGAAAUGAUGAUUGGGCUCAUAUAUUAUCUGCUACUUAAUUCAAAGUCUGAUCCACGUGUUAAUCGUCUUUUAUCAACGACAGACAUCUAUAUCAUGCCAACUAUGAAUCCGGAUGGUUUUGAAAAAUCUACUGAAGGUUCAUGCAACACAUUUGGUUUAUUCGGUCGAGGAAAUCUAUUAGACGUUGAUCUCAAUCGAGAUUUUCCAUCACAGUAUCAACCAUUAAAAAGAAAGCCUGAUGGUACUAUUGGUGAUCUCUUUUAUGGACGACAACGAGAGACAGUUGCUGUUAUGAAAUGGAUAUUAAAAGAAAAUUUCGUUUUAAGUGCAAAUUUACAUGGCGGUGCUUUAGUAGCGUCGUAUCCUUACGAUGAAACAAUGGAGCAUAGAUUUAAUACGUACGGCGAAUCUCCGGAUGAUUCAUUAUUUCGUUUCCUAGCACUUGCUUAUGCUAGUAAACAUUUAACAAUGCCUAAAGGUCAAGCAUGCGGUGAAAAUUUUCCUGAGGGAAUAACAAAUGGUGCUAAAUGGUAUGAUGUAACAGGUGGUAUGCAAGAUUUUAAUUACAUACACAGUAAUGCAUUUGAAAUAACAAUUGAAUUAAGCUGUUGUAAGUAUCUAUCAUCUCAAAAUGGAGGCUUGGAAAAAGAAUGGGAUAAUAAUAGAGAAGCACUUCUCAAUUAUAUGGAAAUGAGUCAUCUUGGUAUUAAAGGUUUUAUUCGUGAUUCACACGCACGAACGGCAAUAUCCGGAGCUCUGAUUCAAAUCGAAGGUAUCCUUCAUCCUGUUCGUAGUGUUCUUUCUGGAGCUUACUGGCGUUUAUUAUUACCGGGUUUAUAUAAGGUAACAGUCACAGCUUCUGGAUAUUUACCACAGACGAAAUAUAAUGUCAACGUAACCAAUAAAAAUAUAACAAAUGCCCUCCGUCUCGAUUUUGAUUUACAACCAGGCAGUGUAGAUGUAUCGAUAUCUAACCAAGAUACUACGUCGACGAAUAAAAUCUACGAUACAUUAUCAGAUUAUUCACGAAAAUUAAUGAGCAGUGAUUCUCGUGAUGAAAUACUGAAAAUUUUAAUUGAACCAACAGAUAAAUUUCAAUAUCAUAAUUAUGAAUCAAUGGUGAAUAAAUUAAAAGAAUUAAAUCAACAAUAUCCAAAUAUAACAAGUAUAUAUUCAAUUGGUAAAAGUGUUGAGAAACGCGAUCUAUGGGUGAUAAUUAUCAGUGAUCAACCAUUGGUACAUGAAGCAGGUGAACCUGAAGUUCGAUAUGUUGGAAAUAUUCAUGGCGAUGAAAGUGUUGGGCGCGAAUGUUUAAUACGUUUUAUUGAAUAUUUAUGCGUGAACUAUAGAAAAAAUGAUUACGUUACAAAACUUAUCGAUAAUAUUCGUAUUCAUAUAAUGCCAACAAUGAAUCCCGAUGGCUUUGAAUAUGAAUAUAAACAAGCCAAUCAUGCCACUGGAGGCGGCCGUGUCAAUGCAAAUCACAUUGAUUUAAAUGAAAAUUUUCCUCAGAUUGAACUUGAGCCAUCAUCGGGUAAAGACGAAGUCGCACCAAAGAAAGAAUACAAUAAUAAUGAAAAUAAUCUUGAUAAAUUUAUUAAAAAACAAAAUCAAUUUCAACCGGAAGUUCAAGCUGCGAUACAUUGGUCACUUACCUAUCCGUUUGUUUUAUCGGGAAAUUUACAUGGUGGCGCACUUCUUGCUAGUUAUCCAUUUAAUAAUCGAGCCAAAGGUGUGGCAAGUGGAGAAAGCAAAUCACCUGAUGAUUCAACAUUGAAAAUGUUGGCGAAAGCUUAUUCACAAGCUCAUACAAAAAUGUUUAAAGGUGAUUCAUGCAUCAUAUUUCACGAUGGAAUAACGAAUAGCGCUGCUUGGAAGGUAAUUGAAGGUGGUAUGCAAGACUGGUCAUAUGUAUUCACAUCUGAUAUGGAAAUAACCAUUGACAUCGGUUGUGAGAAAUAUCCAAAUGAAAACGAUUUGCAGAAUCAUUGGAAUGAUAAUAAAGGAGCUUUACUAGCUUUUAUUACUCAGGUUGUUCAUGGUCUUCGUGGUUUUGUAUUUGAUUUGCAAACAAAAGCACCUGUAUCAGGCGCAGUGAUUCAUGUUCAUGGUAUUAAUCAUAAUGUAACAACCUAUCGUGAUGGUGAUUUCUUCCGUUUAUUAUCACCGGGUAAAUAUGAUAUUACAGUUGAACGUUUAGGAUAUGAAUCAGAGACACGAGCAAAUAUUUUUGUCACUGAUCAAUCGUCAACAUAUAUUGAAUUUAAACUAAAACGUGUGAUUAUCAAUGAGGAUGAUAAAAUUUCCUCAACAGGAUUUUAUAACAAAUUAAGAGCAAUUACUCAACAUUCGACGUUCCGCUUUAUUUCUAUGAUGAUUAUUAGUAUUGUGGCUCUUAGUACUGUGAUACUUGGUAUGAUUACUUUAUAUUUACGAUUUCGUCCACAGCGCUACCAACUUUUGGCACAAGAUGAAGAUAAUGCCUUAUUAAGUCAAAGAGCAAAGAGACAUAAAACCGUUAAAAAUACUCAUGCUAUGCCAAGUGACUCAGAAGAUGGCGAUGAGGACGAAAUAUUGUUUACAUCGAAUAGUAAUACUCCUAUGAUUGCUUAA